AUGAACACCAACGAUGCCAAGGAGUACCUGACCCGGAGGGAAAUCCCUCAGCUUUUCGAGAGCCUUUUGAAUGGACUUAUGUGUUCCAAACCUGAAGACCCAGUGGAGUACUUAGAAAGUUGUUUACAGAAAGUCAAGGAACUUGGAGGUUGUGACAAGGUGAAAUGGGAUACUUUUGUCAGCCAGGAGAAGAAGACCUUACCUCCACUCAAUGGAGGGCAGUCACGGAGAUCCUUUCUAAGAAAUGUGAUGCCUGAAAAUUCGAACUUUCCUUAUCGACGGUAUGAUCGGCUCCCUCCAAUCCAUCAAUUCUCCAUAGAAAGUGACACAGAUCUCUCUGAGACUGCAGAAUUAAUUGAGGAAUAUGAUGUUUUUGAUCCUACUAGACCUCGGCCAAAAAUUAUUCUUGUCAUAGGUGGCCCUGGAAGUGGAAAGGGCACUCAAAGUUUGAAAAUCGCAGAACGUUAUGGAUUCCAGUACAUUUCCGUGGGAGAAUUAUUAAGGAAGAAGAUCCACAGUACCAGCAGUAAUAGGAAAUGGAGUCUCAUCGCCAAAAUAAUCACGACCGGAGAACUGGCCCCACAGGAAACAACAAUUACAGAAAUAAAACAGAAAUUGAUGCAAAUACCUGACGAAGAGGGCAUUGUUAUUGAUGGAUUUCCAAGAGAUGUUGCUCAGGCCCUAUCUUUUGAAGACCAAAUCUGUACCCCUGACCUGGUGGUGUUCCUGGCUUGUGCUAAUCAGAGACUCAAAGAAAGAUUGCUAAAGCGUGCGGAGCAACAGGGGAGACCUGAUGACAACCUGAAAGCUACUCAAAGGAGACUAAUGAAUUUCAAGCAGAAUGCCGCUCCCUUGGUUAAAUACUUCCAGGAAAAGGGACUCAUCAUGACAUUUGAUGCAGACCGAGACGAGGAUGAGGUGUUCUAUGACAUCAGUGUGGCGGUUGACAGCAGGCUAUUUCCUAACAAGGAAACCGCAGCAGACAAGUCAGGUUCUAUUGAUCUUGAUCCAUCCAUGAUGUUGGACUCUGGAGAAAUUAUUGACACAGGAUCUGAUUAUGAAGACCAGGGUGAUGACCAGCUAAAUGUAUUUGGAGAGGACAAUAUAGGAGGUUUUAUGGAAGACUUGAGGAAGUGUAAAAUUAUUUUCAUAAUUGGUGGCCCUGGAUCUGGCAAAGGCACACAGUGUGCAAAGCUGGUGGAAAAAUACGGAUUUACACAUCUUUCCACUGGUGAGCUUCUGCGUAAAGAGCUUUCCUCAGACUCUGAAAGAAGCAAAUUGAUCAGAGACAUGAUGGAACGCGGAGACCUGGUGCCCACGGGUAUCGUUCUGGCGCUGUUGAAGGAGGCGAUGGCUGCCAGCCUCGGUGACACCAAGGGCUUUCUGAUUGACGGCUAUCCUCGGGAAGUGAAACAAGGAGAGGCGUUCGGGCGCAGGAUUGGAGACCCGCACUUGGUGAUCUGCAUGGACUGCUCCGCAGACACCAUGACCAACAGACUUCUCCAGCGGAGCCAGCGCAGCGCAGGCAGCCCGUGCGUGGACGACAACGCCGAGACUAUUGCCAAGCGCCUGGAAACCUACUACCGCGCCUCCAUCCCUGUGAUCGCCUACUAUGAGACGAAAACACAGCUGCACAAGAUAAAUGCAGAAGGAACACCUGAGGAUGUUUUUCUUCAAGUUUGCACAGCCAUUGAGUCUAUUCUCUGA